AGAAGCAGUGUGCGACCAUGUCUAGACUAUUUGAAUUCGAAAUUAAUUUUGUUUUUGGCCAUCCAUUUUCUGUGCUUUACAGGCAAGCGCAGUGCCGUCCAGCGCAGUGCAGUGCAGGCCAUGGCAGACCAACCCAAAAGCAACAAUGUUAUAGUAAAGAGGAAGGGAAAGAAAGGAGAGGUGAUCAAGUCUGUGAUCCCAUGGAAAUGUUUUCCCCUGUUUUUCACUUCUCCAGAAGAAGACCAAAUACUCCAGAAUUUGCCGCUGUUCGACACAAACAAGCACAACCCUUUGAAAGCAACAACAGAUGUAAGACAACAGUCUAUUAUUCCACCACCACCACCACCACAAGUUGAAAAACUCUUGAAACGGGCUUCUGCUGCCAGACAAAAUACUGGAUACAGCAAUCUGUGGUCCAUUUAUACCAUUGUCACUGCCAUUUACAUCGCCUUGCUGGGGAUCAAGCCCACAGAACAACCAGAAUCUUCCACAGUGAAUCAUAAUAAUAAUAUUAAUAAAAAUGAUGAUGAAGAUGACGAUCAAGAAUUAUCCUGCGAGGCUUGGACGUGGAUUCAAGACCACAUUUCAUGGACCGAUUGGAAACUACUGCAUCGUCAAGUCAAGGAGCAGUUGAUUCUAGUGUCGGCACCUCACCCAUUGCUGACCUAUGCGACGCAAACCGUGCCAUUCCUGACACGCGAUCAAGUUACCCAAGCAGUGCACCUACUGAAAUUACAAUCCAAAUUUCAUAGUGGCAGCAUUUCAAGCAAGUCUUCUUCUUCUUCUGGGACCAUGGCCAUGAGAUUGUCCCAGAUAUUGAAAGAUGCACACGGCACUCGCAACUUCUUUGCAAUUCUUCUGGCACCAAUCUACAAUACACCAACAAACGGAUCCUCUUCUACUACAAUACACAAUGCCAAUAAUUGGACUGGAAUCCGUCACUCCUGUCUUCCUGAAGCUACGUUGGAACUGGAAUCCCCGACCAAAGCAAACCUCGUUGCCUUGUACGAUCAUGAUUUGGACGUGAGUGGAGAUCUUAACAACUCGAUUACAAUCUCCACCGUGCCGCUGGAUCAUGGACCCAUGGAGCGAGAGGCUCGUCGUCGUUGUUGUCGAUUGCCAGAUAUAGACGAUUCUUUGUUCUGGGAUUCUCAUACACCACGUCCCUGUCUACUGUGUCGCCAUGACACGAAACAAUCCACGUGCCCGCUUGUCAUGAGUUCCCGACAAUCCACCAACACCGGGAAGGAUCCUACAUGUAGUAUUACAUGGAAGGAAUCGGUCCGGUUGGGACAUUAUUACUUUCAAGAAGAACGAUAUUCCGACGCAAAGGCUUGCUACCAAGCAGCAUUGGCUACCAACACUUCCGACAACGAUGACAUGCAAAAUGAUAUUCGCCACGCGUUGGGGGCCUUGCAACUGGCCCAAGGCAAGUUUCUGGAUGCACAAUUGAGCUGGAAGAAUGCUGCUGCUAAAGUGGAUACAAGUAUUGAUGCUCAUGGCGGGAUUCAACUACAGCUCCAAAAACAGCAAGCAUAUCGGUACUUUUCUCCAUCGCCGCAACAACAACAACAAUCAUCAUUGGCAAAGAAGAAGACGCAAGCGUACAACUAUCACUCCCAUUUUGACGACCAGUGCUUCGUCACGCCCAUGCUGAAAGCCACUACUUGUCAGGAGCUCAUUGACAUUGCAACACGGAAUGGACAAUGGACAACCGGCCGCCACUACGCCGUACCCACCAACGAUAUCCCUGUACACAAAAUUCAAGGACUAUUGGAUUGGUUUGUGCCAUGGAUGGAAGAGCAAUGCGCGCCACUCAUGAUGAAGCAAUUCCGACUACUACCUAAGAAAGGAAAGGAACAGCGACAACGAUUCUAUGUGCACGACGCAUUCUUUGUCCGAUAUCAAGGCAAAUCGUCGUCAUCAGCAGAUGAUAGCAGUCAUCCGAUUACCAACAAUCACUUGCCCUGUCAUCUGGAUGAAUGUACACAUAGUGCUGUCAUUUGUCUGAAUGAUGACUUUGAAGGAGGAGGGACGUACUUUCAUGACUACGACACAGUCCUGUCUCCUAGCGUGGGGGAAGUGGUCACAUUCAAAGGAGAUUCGUUGCGUCACGGUGGGGAUGCCGUGGUGAAGGGCACGAGAUAUAUCCUAGCUGUGUUUCUUUACUUGGACCGCACCUACGACCCGGGCAACGAAGUUACUCCAGCAGCUGCCGCCGCAAAGUCGAAUGGGAGCGGUGAGCCUAGCGGCCCGAAGCAUCAAGUUCAGGCAGUCUUUCGUGAAGCCAAGAAGCAAAAGACUGGAUUCUCGUUUGGUUUUGACAUGGGAUAGGUGUACUAGUACUUCUAUUAGACUUGCAUUGGGAAGAUGUGCCUGUCACACCCUCCCAGGAUGCCAGGACCGUCCGACGGUUUUCACACAGGAUUUAAAAAAUCUUGAAAUUGCCACGACUGAAUGACCGUUUAAAACAAUCCCUUAAACAAUCCCUUAACUCAUCAACUAUCCCUUAAACAAUCCCUUAAAUCUUGGACUAUCCCCUAAACAAUCCCUUAACGCCAAAUGGACAUACCAUACAACUAUCCCCUAUUUCUUCAACUAUCCCCUAAACAAUCCCUUAAAUAAACAAUCCCUUAAAUCUUUGACUAUCCAUUAAACAAUCCCUUAAAAGAAACAAUCCCUUA